AUUGAAGCCGAAUUUUGAUACUUUUGCUUUUUAGCUUGUUGACAGGCUGCAAACACCUGUGCACUAGGAUCAUUUUCGUGUUCAAAAUAUUGGGCUCAGACCCCAUGACAUCCGAGAGACAAAGAGCGGGAGAGCAAAGUGUUUUGUUGUGCCGCAAGCAGCGUUGGUAUUGAGUUUGAGGCCCUUGAAAGAGUUUUCUAUUUGGCAUGUGAUUCCGAUUUCAUCAUUCGAGCAGGUCGUUGGAAACGGAUUUUACUGAUGAAUGAUUCUCGCAAAAUGGUGUUUGUUUUUUCGCAAGAAGUUAGUUUGUUAUCAAAGUAGAGUGGUCCUCAAUCAUCAAACAGAAUUAGUUCGUUAGAUGUAGUUUCAAACUUCCGUCGUUUCGUCCUUGUUCUUGUUCAAAAUCGGUAAAGGAAUCCUCUGAACAAAAUGCCCUCGUCUUCGUCUUCUGCGCAACAGGCUGCAGGCGGAGGUGUGCCUGAACAGCAGCAUCAGCAGGAAGCGCCUCCACAUUCGCAACAGCAACAACAAGCCUCUAACCCGCAUGUUCAGCAAGCGCACCACAACGCACAUGCUCAUCAUCAACAAGAUUCUGGAGCGAGUCAGGAGCAUUCACAAGCGCACAGUCAAGGUCAACAACAACAUCCACACCCUAAUCAUGGUAACGCCCACCAACAUCAGCAUCAACAUCAGCAACAGCCACCUCCAAACGCAGGACCAGGGCCAGAACAGAUGAAUCAAAUUCCGAUCCAGAGGCAAGACCCAAUGGAAAUGUCUCCCAUAUUUCAAUCGCUGAUACUCGUCUUGGUGCUCUACGCCACUCAUGUGUUUUUGAAACCGGUGCUGACGGGCUUGCGCGACUACUUUCGGCCAGAGAAGAAGGUGGAUAAAGAGGCGUUGCGGAGUAGGAGGAAUGAGAAGUACUACUCAACAGACACUACAACAUACUGUCAGCAUUACUGUGACUACAUUUUCACUUGACACAAACUAUUCGUUAUAAUUGUGUCAUCUGCGUCCUCAGCUCUGUCUUCAUCCGUUGUCUUUCUAGUACCAGCACAUCACCGAUUAUAUUACCAAAGGUUUUCCGCCAAAGCCGAUGCUAUCCGAGAUGGCUUCGCUGGUGCAGUGGAGUCGGUCUUUCGCGUUGAGGACUUGACUCCCUUUGUCGAGGCUCAUUGCCAAGCCUUAAAGCGAAUUGGCCUAGGCCUCAUCACCGAAGAUCCGAAUCUGAACAGCUUUCAUACACUGGCUGUGCUGUUGGACAACUGCCUGAUUAAAGGGUACUUCUUAGAAUCUAACUUCUUUGAAAGGAAAAUCGUAACAAGAACGUAAAGUCUGUUAUAACAGAAACGAUCAUCUUGAUCUUCAUUAAGCAUAUGCAAACCUUACUUCAGCAUUUUUUGAUAUCUUCAUGAUCCAUCGUCAAAAACUACAUAAAACACUCAGGAUGACCUCAUUCCCUGCGAAGAGCGAAGGCCUCCGCAAGCAGCUUCUUCAAUUCGAGCAUGGUGAGAGGAUGCUUAAUCUUUGCGCUUUUUACCUCCAAGAGGCACACCAAUCUCCCACUACAGCGUCACCUUCUCCAACUACCGCUUCUACGACAUCUAUCAAAGACAAAGUCGCAUCUUUGCAAAACAAGAUCAAGCAGGAACAGUCUUUCUACGUCUUCGAAGAGUCUCAAAGACUUCAAGCCCUGACCGCGCGUUGUUGCAUCCAGUACUGUCUCGACAUCUCCAAGGCUAAAGGAACGAGGCGUUGGCUCCAAGUGGAUCCGAAAAUCUUGAUUCCUGACGAUUUAUCCGUCGUUCCCCGUGAUCUUCUCUUCAUGUACUCCCACCCAGCUCGCGUCCUCCAAGAAAACGCUGACAGAACCGCCAAGCCAGCUGGCGACUGGGCUGGUGCAACUGUUGCUGGAGUCGGAGAAAGGGAAAAACAACGCGAAGCAGAGUUUACGGCUGAAGUACAGGAGUACUAUCUCCCUGCCGCUGUUGGAGGUGGCAAACUGCAUCAGGAAGAUGAGGACGACAUUCCCGAAGUGGAAAGAUUGUCUCAGAAGGAACGAAAUUUAGAGAAUUCCAUACAGGAAAAUGUUAUGGAGGCGAUUCUGUUGGGAGACUAUCACUUAGUACAACAACAGCAACAAGAACAACAACAACAACAACAGUAUCAAGGUGUUGCAGACGACGAUGGAGACGAAAAGUCCAUUGAGCAGUUACAAGAAGAAGAGCUACAACAUUGCAAGCAGCAAAUUCAAACUUCACAUUCUCUUUCUACGGAUUUCGCGCGUUUGUGGGUACAAAGGAGGCGAGAUCGAUUCCGGAAGGAGCUGUUUGAAUCGCAAAAACUCGCCAAACCAUCUCCAAGAGAUAGCGAUAGUGAUGUCGAUGCGUGUGGGAAUUUAUGGCUCACUUUCAAUUUCAUCGUGUUUCCUAUUCCUUUAUAGUUUGGUGCUUGGAUCAUGCUUAUAUUCAAUCAUGACGCUUUCUCUUCGAAAGAAUGAGAUGAAGUAACUGGACUCCUCUAAUUAAGCACCCCAUAAGCCCCACUUCCGCUGACCGCAAGAAGCGAGACGCAGUAAUCAAAGAGCGACAACGACAUUUUCAGGCUUUGGCGGAUCAUAGGUUGAUGCCGCCUAACGUCAGAAUAGCACACUUCCACUGGGAAGGUGAGAUUCCCCAUGCCUUUGGACUGCAGUCGUCGCAAGGAGGAAGUAAAUCGUCUUCUUCUGGUGCGAAUGAUAGCAGUAGUUCUGGCAAUAAGAAUACAGGUCCUCAGCGAAGUGCUGGUGGUCGUGAUAGUAAAAAGAACACAUCUACUAGUGCAAAGGAUAAGGGAAACAACGCAACUGCUGUUAGUACUUUAGCCGGUGCUGGCAGGAGCAAAGCGAAUGCUACGCAAGUUGACGUCGCGAUGAGACAGAUCGCCUUGGAGGCGAUUCCUCAGUGGAAAUGCUGUCCAGAAGUGUGGGAAGACACGAGAAGCUUGAGGAAUUUCUGUCAAAUCCUAACAGUUGGCGCAGCAUUGGACUACACAAAUAACCGUGGAUUUGUCUGCUGCGUCAUGAUACUGGGUAGGAGUUUAUCUUCUGGAGAUUUUCAUCUUCUAGGUGGUCUAGGAACAAACAAGAAUCGUGGUCUCCCAGUCUCACUCGGCAGUACAACAAGCAACAAAGGAGUUCCCGUUCCCCGACCCGACGCGACUUCACCACUCGAUGAUGGCCACGGAAUGAUGGCGGUUUUCAACGGAGCAAAAAUGCUCGCUGGAAGCGAAGACCCCAGUGAUGACGACGAAGAGGAUGCUGAAGGAGAAGGCAGUGGUGGAAACAAAAUCAAAGGCAAGCAAAAAGGGGAUAAAAAUGGUGAAUCUCCUAGCACUACAUCUUCUACACCUGGGAAAGCGGCAGCAUCGGCUUCUGGAGGAUCGGCGUCGACAUCCUCCGGGAGCAAGCAAGAACAAGUAGAAGUCGCAGACGCUAGCAAAAAGCAAGAACAAGUAGAAGUCGCAGACGCUAGUAAAACGAUUUCAAAACUACAGUACCUUCCUCCAGCUGCUGGGAUCUUAUCCUGUGAGUAUGGGCUAGAUCCAGAAGUGCAGAAUAUAAGGGAAAGACUGGUCACUGGUCGUAGCUUCAAACCCGAGGACAAUCCGUACCACUACAAGAACGUCAAGAACAACAGUCCUUGGGCGCAGAUGUCGUUUGGUGCGAAGGUCAAUGAUAAAAACGGCCAAGCAACCAUGAGACAGAAGAGUGGAUUCUAGAUCUUUUCGAUUUUUUCGAACGGCAAAGUUCGUCUACUUGGUGCUUCUUGUACACUGAAGAAACUACAUCGCCAGAUUAAUGCAUGACCGCCGUGAGCGCGAAAUCUUUGUAGAAGACGAUAGAUAAGAUUCUCGCUUGUUGAUAUCAGCCUCUUUGGCUUUUUCAGUGCAAUGAGGUUUGAAUUCCAGGUUUGAGAAACAAAUGUUGAGGGCUCGUCCAGACAU